UGCGUGUACUAUCACAUCUGUUAAAUUAUAUUUAUGUGUCUAUUGUUUUUAUUGAUUUUGCGUAGAACGAUUGUCUCUCUGUUUGUGCACAACUUUUGAGUGGAAGAAACAAGCUUGUGUAAUUGUCCAUCGAUUUAAUCUAUAUUUUAAAUUUCAUCGAUAAACGUAUGGAUCCUCAUUCGGAAUAAAAUUAAUGUCAAUAAAUAAUUUUGUUUCCCAAAUAACAAACCUGUUAGUCUGGAAGUUUCACAGUUUGUUGGAAGAAAUUAGAUUUUGAAGCGCAAGGACAGUAGUUAUGAAUUUCCACUGAAAAUCAGCACGCGACUCUCUAAUUAAGCCACCAGCAGUAGUCAUAGCAACAAUUAAGCAAACACAUUAAUUUGGUGUCACUUUUUGGACAAUAUGGUUCAGUUGUCUUGUGUGCGUGACAAGUGACGGAAACUCAUUCAAAUUUCUCUGGUGUCUGAUUUCGGACAAGAAUUUAAUUCUUUUUACUCUCCCUUUUAAAAAUAACGUAGAGCUUAUAAAACAAUGACAUUAUUGGUGCAAUCAACAGGUGAUGAGUUCUCCCGGCGAAACUGCCCCUGAAGGGACCUUAGCCCCUGUAGCCGUUUCCAAAUCAUAUGUGGUUGAUCCGCAGGUUCAGAACGUGGCAGUGCUCGUGGUUUCGGGCGUUCUAGGUACACUCUUCAAUGCAGCCCUUCUGGCAGGGGCGCUCACCAGGCCCCGCGUGCCUGGAAGUCUCGGUUGCACUCCACCGAUAGCAGCGGCUCUCUCGCAACAGGCCUUUGGUGGACUCGUAGAGAGCACGUUGACCAUGUUCCUGGCCGCGGCCUACAGUGGAGGCGGCCUGACGAGCACCGCAACGGCGCCAAACGACUUCUCCCUGCCUGGCAAAGCCACUCUAAUCGCCUCCCUCUUCUUUGUGUCCACUUGUCAUGCAUGGUCAAAGGCCUCGAUGAUGGCAGCCUCCGCUCCUGGGGCGUCCGUAGGUUUGGUUCGGCUCCUCAUCCUUGUUAGUUUUGGCGUCAGCAUAGCCAUCGCAGCCACCACAGGCUACUACGUUGGGUCUGACAAGGCCAACGUCAGCUCGACGGUUUUGGUGCCCCGGCUGAAACUGGCGGCCAUCCCGGCUGGUCUGCGGUGGUCGAUCGUGGCCCUUGGGAUGGCGCUUCCUUGGGCAUUAUGGGUGGUUUUCGUUGUAAUGGCCAUAGUGGCGUCAGCGUCCAACAGGAAAAGCGAAAAGGUCUUCCAGUUUGGUUCAGAGGCGCCUCCGUCGACAGGGGCCAUUGUCUCGACCGUUACUAUUUUGUACCUGGGCCUCAAACUGCCAUAUGAAAUAAGUUCAAUGCUGCAAGGUCCACGGCCGCCCACCCUGCACUCGGCACUGGCCUGGGCGCGCUUCGCCUACUCCGUUUUGUUGCCUAUCCUUGUCUUGGGCAGCGCUCGCAGGUUCAAAGCGGCCCUGAUCGCUGCCUUCAUGUGCUGCAACCGGAGAAAGCGCGCCGUCGCUCCACCAGAGGCUGACCAAGGGGGUGACCGCGUCCCUGCAUCCUGCCCUAUUCUUUUUCAAACGCCCGGAGGUGUUUAUCUCAGAAGGGUGAGGUACAAACAUCAUCCCACGGCGCCAGGUUUUGCCUACGCCUUGUGCGACAUCGAGCCGAAAGCGAUUCAGAAAUCCGACACGUGGGAGAAAAUGGACAUUUUUAUGCGGAGUAGUGCUUUCCUCAAGUGAAUGGGAUGGAAAUAAGUUAUUGAGUUUAUCAAUAAAUAAGCUGACUCAACUGUCACAGUUUAUUGCAGAAAAUCCAACAAGAAGUAAAUUUUCAACACAAUGGUGGCAAAAUGACAAAAAAAGUUAAAAAUAAAAAUAGUUUUUCUUCUAUCACAACUAUAAAGUUUCUCGACUUCAAACAACUUUUGAAACCAGCUGCUUCAUAACAAAAUUUACAGGUGUUUGUGUCUCUCAGCCCUGUAUCACAAUUGAAGGAAAUCAACCGGGCUCCAAUAAAAUGUAAAAAGUCGUCAGAGAACUAUGUUUCUUCCUAAUAAUCCAUAAAAUUAUUUUGGUAAAAGUGUUAUUCUGUGCCUGAACCAGCAGACUACAAGUAUAUAAUGUAUAACUAGAUUACAGAAACCUGGCAAUGAACGGUAUAUUUACUUUUCCUCAAUGCUGAGCAAAUUUAGAUAGGUGUCAAAAAUUGACAGGGGCCAAAAUUUAAAACUUAAUUAUCAGACAAACAAAAUUGUCAGAUUGAACAAAAAUUAAAAGUGAUAAAUUCAAUAGACAAAAAAAAUUAUCAACACCUUGGAAGCAAUCCAAAAUGAAGACAAGCGUCGAAGGAGUCGUUGAAUCAACUGAUCUACGAACACGAAACGUCAUCCUUAUGUGGGGUCACAUAAAAACUGAGGAGGUAGAACCAAAAGUUUGAAAACAAAGGCGCAUCUCACCAGCGGACGAGAUCUCGGUACUCGUCGUUGAUGCUGAGUCUCUUGAUGCUCUCGUAACUGAGGAUGAUGGCGAACGAGUAGACGGCUGACUGCACCAGCCGGGCGCUCAGCCCCUUGCUGAAGAUGCGCAUCCCCUCCUCGGCCCAGAGUUCGCGGAAGGUGCGCGACAUCGAGCCGAUCCGCUGCACCUGCAGCCGCGCCCGCACAAUGUCCAGCGGGUUGGUCAGCAAGGUCGUUGUGAAGCCACCCAUUGUGCCGGAUAUGCACUGAAUCAUCAGGUGGGAGCACCCUGACGGAAGCAACCGGUGCAAUUCAUCUAGAAAGUUAAUUUGAAAAUUGCAGGUAAAAAGCUAAAUAGAAAAUUUAUUAACGAAAUAAAUUUGAUACUAUAAACUUGAUGAACGCUUUAUGAUUCUUCAUUGAAGAAAAUUAUAAAAAGAAAAAGACAACUUUUUGUGUGGAAGAAAUUAAUUGAAAAACACAAACUGUUUGCAAAUUUUGUCA